UCCUUCGUCUCUGUCUUUGUCUUUCUCUCUCUGUUCACUUUUUCUAUCCUCGAAGCAAGAAAUGGACUCUAACAGCGUCGUUUCUUGGCCGAGGAUGCCAGAAAACAUCAACGGUUUCGGCCUCAAACAGAACCAAUCCGAAGAGGUUCAUGUUUUAGCCGUUGAUGACAGCACCGUUGAUCGCAAAGUCAUCGAACACUUGCUCAAAGUCUUAGCCUGUAAAGUUACUGCUGUGGAUAGUGGGCUGAGAGCACUGCAAUUGCUUGGACUAUUGGACGAGCAGAAAAUACCCUCUGAAACUAAUGGUUUUGUGGGUUUGAAGGUAGAUCUAAUCAUCACAGACUAUUGUAUGCCCGGAAUGACCGGUUAUGAAUUACUCAAGAGAAUCAAGGAAUCAUCUACUUUCAAGGAAACGCCUGUGGUUAUUAUGUCAUCUGAAAACGUUUUGCCACGCAUAGACAGAUGUUUGGAGGAGGGUGCAGAGGAUUUCAUAGUGAAGCCAGUGAAGUUAUCUGAUGUGAAGCGUUUGAAGGAUUACAUGACAACAAAGGAGGUUAGGGGUGAAUUAAGCCAAGAAGAGAGGGAAGGGAUCAACAAGAGGAAGCUAUUGGACACCUCUGAUGUGUCGCCAUCAUCACCACCGUCCAUUUCCUCAUCACCACUUCCAUCUUCACUCAGCUCAGUGAUUGACUCUCCAAUCAGACGGCUUAAAAUGACCAACACUGAUUGAUAUACUCUAGCAAUUUGCUGUUUUUCUUUUCUCAUUCCUGUAGGCACUACUGCUGCAAUCUUUGGAUUUGUUGUUUUUCCCUUUUAGGGUUCAAAUUGCAAUUACCUCCUCGUUUAAUUGUAACGGUUUUUGUUGCGCUCCC